GCAAGGUGUAAGCAAGGGAGUUGUCUUGUAAUGUGCCACCGGUUUAUACAUUUGUAGACAAGGCUACUGAAGGUCUAUUUGGUUGUGCCGCCUUGGGGACAGCGCGCUCCAACAUUAACCAAAUGGUAUGACCACCGCUCAUUCUCUCACAGGGAUUGCGCACACAUGCCAGAGGUGAGAAGGAACCAGUUGAGGCGAUGACAUCAUGUCUGUACGAGUGCCUGCUCGAGGUCGGGCUUCAGCGUCACUACCCUUGUUUUACCGCCAUGGGACUGAGACGUGCUGGACACCUGUCUUUGCUCACCAUGGGCGACUACUCGAGCUUGGGGGUCCACAGCAUGGGGGACCGUGCCCGGCUGUUCCAUCUGGUACAGCUGGUCAAGUCUCUGGAGGAAGAGGAAGAGGAGGACCAUGGGGGCCACGAUGAUGAUAGAGUUGUGAUAACAAGAAAGACUUUCACUUCAGGCAGCAAAGUCCCCACAUGCAGGCAGCUAGAUUUUGAUGGUGAUGGUAGGUCUAGCGAGCCCAAACGCGGAUGGCUCAGUGACUAUGACAGUCACAGGGGGGCUGGUGUCCACCCCUUCCCGAGCCCAAACACAGGGGUUAAACCCCAACCACGCUGCGACCUCAGCAGAGGGUCACCCAUACACAGACCCCAGAUCAGUGGGACGCCGAGGCGUAGCUGUCCUCACAAGCAGACUGUCAGACGGACCACAAUGCACAGGAGCAACAGCAAAAUUACCCAUUGUCAGAGCGUCUGCAUUUACAAGGAGGGGACGACCAUCGGCAGCAGGCCAAGACCUGAGGUGCGCCGGGAGGCGGAUGGGACAUCCAGGAGGACGGAUGAGCCCACAUACAUGUACAAAUCGAGGAGAACUCUUGGCUGCAACUAUGAUCUGCCCCUGAGUAGCCCGGUGUCAUCCAGAAAGGAGGCAGGUGAGCAGAGGAUCAGUGUGUGUGUGAGGAAGAGGCCCCUGACCUAUGCUGAGAACAGGAGAGGGGAGGCAGACGUGGUCACAGCCCAUGAUGGAGACUCCGUUGUGGUCCAUGAGAGCAAAGAGGCAGUUGACCUGACCCGGUACAUACUCCAACACAGGUUUAAUUAUGAUGAGGUGUUUGGGGAAGAGAGCUCCAAUGUGGAUGUGUACCUGAAAACAGCCUUUCCACUGAUACAGCAUGUUCUCAACGGAGGCAAGGCCACUUGUUUUGCAUAUGGCCAGACGGGAGCAGGGAAGACACACACCAUGCUGGGUUGUCAUCCUCAGAGACAGGGGCUAUACGCUCUGGCUGCCAGGGACAUAUUUACCCAGCUGCACUCCACCCAGGACUGUGGCAACUCUACAGUCCCGUCCCACGUCUAUGUCUAUGUCAGCUUCUUUGAGAUCUACUGUGGCCAGCUCUACGACUUGUUGGACCGUAGAAAACGCUUGUUUGCAAGGGAGGAUGGGCACCAAGUGGUUCAGAUAGCAGGGCUCAGAGAGGUCAAAGUGGACUCUGUCAACUCAUUGCUGGAGGUGAGACUUUUAUCCCUCUCUUCUCAUUCUUCCUAUUCUCGUCUGUUUUACCUCCCUGCCUUGCUGUUUUGA